AUGUUAUGGACUAUGCGAGAAAAAACAAUUACCUUUCAUUGCAUAGGUACAAGAAUUCUCGUGCGGCAGCAGGCAACUGAUAUGGCCGCGGUCCGCGACGACAUUCCUAAAGAAGAUCAAGCAGAUAAGAAGCCUCAAGAUGACGAGAAACCCAAAAUUGACCCGGCAAAGGAUGAAAACCGCGUUGAAGCCAAUGCUGACAAAAAUGGGACAGGUGAAAAAGCGGAAGCAAAAAGGACGCCAGUAGAAGGUGAAAACGAGGAGAAAAAGAAAGUAAAGGAUAAACCAAAGGAGAAGGACGUACAUGUACUUGGCAAGAAUGCUGAUGGUAGAGAAAAACAAAGAACCAUAGUCUUCAAAGUUCCAUCAGAGAGAAAACCCGUCUGGAGUGACAUUAAAAUACAAAAUCCCACCAGCGAUCGUAAAACAUUCAAAGUAAAAUGCACUUCAGCCGAAUAUUUCCGCGUACAGCCUCCGUUUGGCUUCAUCAAACCUAUGGACACGGCGAGGAUUCGAGUCUGGUUCCAGAACAGGAACGGAGUUCCAACAGAUGGAAGAAGACACUAUUUUGCCGUGUAUUUUAUGUCAGCGCCAGACGGAAAGAAAACGAUCAAAGAUUUAUGGCACAAAAACGCAAGGCAGGAGGGUAUCUGUCGCAUAAAUGCUGUCUUCGAAAGAAUUGGAGACCACUCUCCAGAAGCUAGAUCUGCUGAUUGCAAAACUUCAAAAGAACCAGAUAAAUAG